AUGCUGCGCAGCGCAAUAUCGUCCUUUACUGCUGAGCUCAGAGUCGCACAAUCAGUACGCCGUGCACAGUGCUUCUCAUCUUCCGGGCAUUUUGGUUCAUUUUCCGAGAAAUGGUGGGACAUUGACGGUCCUAUGAGCGUCUUACAUGAUUACAACUACGUUCGUUUGCCUUUCAUUGCAAAAUCAUACGCACUACUGAAAAAGGGAUAUACUAGAGAGCCCGAGCCGCUAAUCAACGAGAGGUUCUUCGGGGACAUACUGUUCAGACACGCCGAGGAACGUUCGAAGAUCCAUUUGGAAGGUAUUUUAGGCGGUGUCCGAAUUUUGGACGUAGGCUGUGGUGGUGGCAUUCUCAGCGAGUCCUUAGCUAAGUGCGGUGCCUACGUCGUGGGUAUUGAUCCGUCGAAAGAACUAAUACGAAUAGCCGAACAUCAUCGCGAAACUGAUUUCGUCACAUUCAGUCGUAGAUUUGGACUUAGGGACGACCGUUCUCGUAACGUCGAAUACUUGGCAACAACUCUUGAGGAGUACGCCACAGGCAACCAAGCAGACUCAUUUGACAUAGUUGUGGCUUCCGAAGUUUUGGAGCACGUACCUAACGUGGAUAAACCAACGUUUAUUAAAACAUUGCGCAAGCUCACUCGUCCCGGAGGCUUGCUCGUUUUUACCACACCAGGCAGAACGCUGAAAUCUUGCCUCGUUAACAUAAUCUUGGCAGAGAACGUAUUCCGACGUGUCCCCCGCAACUCCCACAACUACGGAUUAUUUAUUAGUCCGGACGGGCUCUGCAGAUUAGCUGGAGAGUGUAUCCUCCGUGAGAUAUACGCCGAUUUCAUGAAAGCUCUUAAUACGUUACAAUGCGCCUUUUGCUCUAUGGAUUUAGUAUUCUUGAUGCAACUGGCCACGCCUUAUAAAGAUGCAGUGCGACGUGUUCUCCUCGUGUUCUUUUGUCCCAACCAUGCAGAGACUAACGAGGGAUGGUACAUUCAGCGUUACACCGUUGGUGUAACGGAUACUGCACAUACCACAAAAGUUUCCGCUUUCGAUGAAAUGAACGCACUAUCCAGUUGGGUGAGCGACCUGGAACUGUAUCCUUCUAAGAAAAAUGAUACUGCGUCUGCGGUUACCGACUCUUUUACAACUACGACGGUUGACAAUGAUAGCGCACAUCGCAUCAUGGUAGAGGAAGAUUUUGUCACUCCUUCAGCACCGCAGCCAGUUGAUGGAGAUACGGAGCGUCUUUUUGCCGCUUACAAGCAGCGCAGCCGCGAGGAUGUUGAUGAAGAGGAUCAUCUGGAUAUCGACACAAUAGAGUAUCAUUGUGAUCCAGAUGCCAGUAGCGAUUCAUCUGCUGACGAAUCAGAUGUAGCACGGGUGGAUCCCAUGCUGUUAGAAUUUCAACAGUAUGUGAGCAUGCGACCUAAAUCGGUGUUGCGCUACGAUUGGAGCGGCAGACCAUUGGUUUUGGAGAGUGGUUUUCACUUCGGAUCGCACUGCUUCGGGUGCGGGGGUGAAUGCGUGUUCGAGUUCCAGCUACUACCUGCUUUUAUGAAACACAUGUAA